GACUGAGGACUCAGGCCUGGUUACCCAUAAGGAAAGCCUCCCAGUCAGAUCUCUGGUAUUGGGUGACCUCCAGAGGCCGGGGUCAGAGGCAGCGUACAGGGUGGGACCACUCCGCUGCUAUGGAGACAAGAACUUCUGGAACGCUGCAUUUUUUGACGAGGAGACGUCAUACCUCCACUUCCCCACCUUCCACGGUGAGCUGAGCGCAGACAUCUCCUUCCUUUUUAAGACCACUGCUUCCUCUGGAGUAUUUCUGGAAAAUCUUGGCAUUCAGGACUUCAUCCGGAUCGAACUAAGCACGUCUACUCGGGUGGUUUUCUCCUUCGAUGUUGGUAACGGCCCACUGGAAGUUCAGGUCGAGUCAAUGGACCCGCUGAAUGACAACCGAUGGCAUCGAGUCCGAGCCGAGCGAAACAUCAAGGAGGCGUCGCUUCGACUGGACAACCUGCCUGUGGCGACGCAGGAGGCGCCGGCUGACGGACACGUCCACCUGCAGCUCAACAGCCAGCUGUUCAUCGGAGGCACGGCGUCUAGGCAGAGGGGUUUCAGAGGCUGCAUCCGCGCUCUGCAGCUGAACGGUGUUACUCUGGACCUGGAGGAAAGGGCAGAGAUGACGCCUGGCGUUCGGCCCGGCUGCCCGGGUCACUGCAGCAGCUACGGCUCGCUGUGCCAGAACCAGGGCCGCUGUGUGGAGAGAGCCGCUGGCUUCCACUGCGACUGCAGCCUGUCUGCUUACACUGGAGUUUUCUGCCAAACAGAGCUGUCAGCCAGUUUCAAACCUGGAACGUCGAUCAGAUACACCUUCAAGGAGCCGUACGAGUUGACCAGAAACAGCAGCGCUCUGCCGUCCUCCAUCUACUCCGACACGACGCUGACAGGAGAAAACGUCUCCCUGAGUUUCAGGACGGCUCAGAGUCCGGCUCUGCUGCUUUACGUCGGCUCUUACUACAGAGAGUACAUGGCCGUGCUCAUCAACAAGCACGAUAAGCUGGAGGUGAGAUACAAGCUGGAGGGCAACCGAGACGCUGAAGUGUUGAGGAGCAGCAGCACGAGGAACCUGGCCAAUGGACAGCUGCACAGCGUUACCAUCAGGAGACUGACACACACCGUGUCUGUGCAGGUUGACCAAAAUGCCAAAGAAAACUUCAACCUCACGUCUGACGGAGAGUUUAAUGCCAUCAAGUCGCUGGUGUUGGGCAAAGUGCACGAGUCUGGUGAUUUGGACCCUCAUCUGGCACGGCUCGCGUCUCUGGGUUUCACCGGCUGCCUGUCAGUAGUUCAGUUCAACUCCAUCAAUCCUCUGAAAGCUGCUCUGCUCCACCCAGACACCAGCCCCAUCAUCAUCACCGGACCUUUAGUUCGGUCCAACUGUGGCUCUGCAGCCUCAGCAAAUCCCUACGCAGCUGAAAACAUUCACCAUAUAUCCGACCGGUCCGGCUCAGUGGGCUCAGGUCAGCCUUUAGUCAAUGCCAUCAGGACCGACUCGGCUCUGAUUGGAGGUGUCAUAGCGGUUGUCAUCUUCGUGGUUCUGACCGGUUUGGCCGUCGCCGCGCGGUACCUCUACCGGAGGAAGGACACGUAUCGAAACCAGGAGGGGAAUGCAGUCAAACAGGAAGACAGUCCAGAUUUCCCUUUCAACAACCAGACUGACUCCCAGAACCUGUCCUCUGAAAACCCAAAGGAGUAUUUUAUCUAACAGGAGUUCUUUCCCGAUGCGCCGCCGCUUUUUUACAGGGUGGGAGGUGAAGAAGACGACUUGAAGAGCCUCUGGACUCGUCGCUCGACUCGAGAGUCUCCUGGACUCUUGUUACCAAAAGUGGCUCAACUUCAAGGCAAAAGCAAACAGUUUGAUGUUGUGUUUCUGUUGCUUUAUUGUAAAAUUGUGGAUAUUCUGAUACAAACAGGCAACAGUGUUUGACUUCAAGGUGGUAAUAUGCAUUUUUACAGACACUGAAAUGUGGGAUUUGUGUCUUGGCAACAAGUUUUGGCUGCUUUCACUUUGUUUCUUUUUAAAUGUUGAAGUUGUCAAUCUUUUGUUGAAGUGCUAGGGAGAAAAUGUGAAGUUCUGCCCCCUUGUGGCAACAUGUAAAGAUGAUUUCCAGAUUAAUGUGUUUGGAUUCAAAGGGAUCUCACAUAAUAUUCAUAAAUGUUUUACAUUUUAUCCAAUUUUCUGUUGCAUACUUUAAUCUCCUUAAUGCAUAUUUUGGUUUUCUUACACCAGCUGCCAAAUUUAUUUCACAUCUUAAGCCAAUGGUGUCCAAACUUUUGAUCAUGGGCCAAGUAAAAAAAAUUAGCAGGGGGAAAAAAAACUCAAAUUUUUAUCUUAUUUUAUGUUUUUUACUGCUCAACAAUAAACUAAGUAUACAAUCAUUUUAA